AUAGUUUGUAUAAAUACAGACUACCAAAAGUUAACUUUUGUCAUAUGAAUAAAAUGUCAUCGCCAAUAUUAUCAGUACUGGUUUUCUUCAUUAUAUUUUAUGAAUCCAAAUGCCUCGGUGAUCCAAUAGGGCUACGAUGUGCACAAAUUACUGAAGGCAGUAUCACAUUACAAUGGAAAACCCAGAGAUUUUAUUCUAAAUCAUUAUACUUCAUUUCGGCAACGACUAAUAAUGACGAAACUCUUUAUUAUUCAGUAGAGAAGCUACAAACCUCUCUGGUUAUAAAUACUACUGACAAAUGUACACACUAUGAAUUCAGUUAUAUAGUCAAAGAUGAGUAUGAAACACUGUCAUAUAGCAGGUGUAGCUGCAACUAUAUACCUCCAAUUUUCGAAAAUAUACGUUUUAGUUUAAUAUCCUCAACAAUGUACAGAGUGAAAUGGGAUAUAAAAGAGAAUAAAUGUGAUGAAAACUUUGAAAAGGCUGUUUUUUUGGUCACUCGUAAAGGACAUUUGAAAAUGAUGUUGGAGAGAAAAAACACAAUCAGUUCAAUGGUGACUGGUCAAGAGAAGUAUGAACUUCUCCUUUCAGUUUAUGAUCCACGCUCCUUUAAUUCUGCAGCAGAUCAAUUGGGUAACUUUGGAAUUCCCACUCGUAUUUCCUUUUCCAAACCAACGAAACAAAUAUUUUAUGAUGUGAAAGUUUUAAAAAGGAGUUCAAAUCGGGUGUUGGUGAAAUGGAAAAUUCGUGAUAUUGCUAGUAAUGAACUUUACAAAAUUAUUGUUUUCUAUGGCAAGGCUAACGAACCAUACAAAAUGAAUAUAUUUGGAAGAUAUCCAAAUUUCUUCAGCUCAUUUCCUGUUCAGUACGGACGAAAAUAUACUGUUAUUGUUUCACAAUAUUUGGAUGGCAAGUUUGACUGGCCUUUGGUGAUAAACUUUAGAAAUCCAUGCAAACAUUGCAAGAUAAUUGCUUCGAAAGGCACUGGAAGGAACAGUCGAAAGUGGAGAACAGAACAUGCUGAUAAUCAAAUACAGUUUCAACGUGGAUAAAUGUACUUUCUUGUAUACGUACACUGUGCUUUAUGCACUUUAUAAUAAUAAUAAUAAUAAUAAUAAUAAUAAUAAUAAUAA